AUGGCGCCUGUGGCAGCGAGAAGCGCCGGCGCCGUUGGUGCCGGAACCGCCAUCUUACUCUCUCUCGCCGUCGCGUAUUUCUUCUGCAAUUCAUCAAAAAACAACAAGAAGAAGAAAUCAAAGAAUGGAAUCCUUUCCGCCAUCGGUAACACUCCUCUGAUUCGAAUCAAUAGUCUCUCCGAUGCCACUGGUUGCGAAAUUCUUGGCAAGUGUGAGUUUUUGAACCCUGGAGGGAGUGUCAAAGAUCGCGUUGCAGUUCAAAUUAUUGAAGAGGCUUUAGAAUCUGGGCAGCUACGUAAAGGUGGUAUAGUUACUGAAGGGAGUGUCGGAAGCACUGCCAUUAGCUUUGCUACUGUUGCUCCUGCUUAUGGAUGCAAAUGCCAUGUGGUUAUUCCAGAUGAUGCUGCCAUUGAGAAGUCUCAAAUAAUUGAAGCUCUUGGGGCAAAUGUUGAAAGAGUACGGCCAGUGUCAAUCACUCACAAAGACCAUUUUGUCAAUAUUGCAAGAAGACGGGCAACUGAAGCAAACGAGUUUGCAUUUAAGCAUAAAAAAUCACAACCGAAUGGCACGGACUCGCAGCAAAUAAAUGGUUAUAAAUCUGACGGACACGACCACAACUCACUCUUUCCUGAUGAUUGUCAAGGCGGCUUCUUUGCUGAUCAGUUUGAGAACCUUGCAAACUUCAGGGCCCAUUACCAUGGUACAGGACCUGAGAUCUGGGAACAGACAAAUGGAAAGUUAGAUGCAUUUGUUGCAGGAGCAGGAACUGGUGGUACUGUGGCUGGUGUUUCCAAGUUUCUUCAGGAAAAGAAUCCAAACAUCAAGUGUUACCUCAUAGAUCCACCUGGUUCUGGCUUGUUUAAUAAGGUAACGAGGGGGGUAAUGUACACUAAAGAGGAGGCAGAAGGACGGAGACUUAAGAAUCCAUUUGACACUAUAACAGAAGGAAUUGGAAUUAACAGGCUAACAAAGAAUUUUGCAGAGGCAAAACUUGAUGGGGCCUUUAGAGCCACAGAUAUGGAGGCUGUUGAAAUGGCCCGGUUUCUUGUGAAGAAUGACGGGCUUUUUCUUGGGAGCUCUUCUUCAUUGAACUGUAUUGGAGCAGUUAGAGCAGCUCAAUCAUUAGGCCCUGGUCACACAAUUGUAACCAUUCUGUGCGACAGUGGAAUGAGACAUUUGAGCAAGUUUUGUAAUGAUCAAUACUUGUCUAAGCUUGGUUUAACACCUAAAGCAACUGGAUUAGAGUUCUUGGGUAUCAAAUGA